UCGCACCGAAGCCCGUGACGCAACAAGUCAAACAAAGGAGAGUUGGGAAAGGGCGAACAAUGCCUGCCUUGCCUGCCUUGCGUACCUAAUAAAUAUUCAAAUAGGGUAAUAAUUUAUAAUUUAUAAUUUCAUCUCCAUUUUAAAAGAUUCCCACUCUACCUAAUAUACGGAGUACCUAGUGAGGGUACCUAUAUAAUCAAUGAUUAGACUUCACCGAGUAACAAGGAGGAAGCUUAAUUUCUCGCUCUCCUCCUCUCCAUCAUCUCCAUCAUCUCCAUCAUCUACCAAUCCGGGAAGGCGUCUACUCAUCAUGUCACUUACAUCUACAACCACCCCUUCCACAAACCAUUCCUUCUCGACAAGUCCCCCGAGUCUUCAAUCCUCCAACGCCGAAAAUGUCAAGCUCGCGGAGCAAGAUGCGGUGAUCGGCAAGCAAGCCCCCGAGUCGUUAACUGUCAAUGGCAUCAAAGCUCGGAGAGAGAAGGCGGGCAAGCUAGUGGCCGGCACGGCGGCUUAUUCGGAUAGUGAUAUGUUUAAAUCACCGCAAGCAUAUGAUAAGCCUAAAGCAAGACGAUGGGAUCAUCUCCUCAGCCAGGAGUCCCUCUUACGGAAACCCUGUGCACUAAAACAAGCAGCCAAGCACCUCAAGAAGCCCGGCCUCAUCUCCCUGGGCGGCGGACUACCUUCGGCCUCCAAUUUCCCCAUCGACUCGAUCAGCAUGCAUGUCCCCACACCGCCACACUUCACCGAGGCCGAGACGGCGACAACGGGUCAGGAUGUCAAGGUAGGGAAGUAUGACGCCGCGAAGAACGAGAACGGCGGUGUCUUCGACCUAUCCAUCGCCAUGAACUACGGGCAGUCUGUCGGCUCGGCCCAGCUGCUGCGCUGGGUCACCGAGCAUACCGAGCUCAUCAACAACCCACCAUACGCUGACUGGCGGUGUUCAUUGACCAUUGGUAGCACGGGGGCUCUGGAGCAGGCGCUGCGGAUGUUUUGCGAUCGCACCCGGAACGAUGCAAUACUUACAGAAGAAUACAGCUUCUCAACCGCUCUCGAGACAGCAGCGCCCCUGGGAAUUAAGGUGUUUGGUGUGCGCAUGGACGGGGAGGGCUUGCUGGCUGAGAGUUUGGACGAGAUCCUAUCGACGUGGGACGAGAGUGCUCGAGACGGCGCGCGGAAACCAUCCGUCUUAUACACGGUACCUUCCGGGCAGAACCCCACGGGUGCAACGCAGAGCUUGCAGCGGAGGAAAGAUAUCUACAAAGUUUGCCAGAAGCAUGACAUCUUCAUUCUCGAAGAUGAGCCAUACUACUUCCUGCAAAUGUUACCAUACACCGGUCCCGACUCGCCCGCUGUGCCGCCGCCAGCCACCAUUGAAGAGUUCCUCUCCGGGCUAGUGCCCAGCCUUCUAAGCAUGGAUGUGGACGGGCGGGUGAUGCGUAUGGACUCGUUCAGUAAAGUAGUUGUGCCGGGUUCGCGAGUGGGCUGGAUCACAGCGAGCGAGCAGGUCGUCGAGCGGUACAUCCGACACGCCGAGGUCUGCAGCCAGGGACCCGGCGGCAUCUCCCAGAUACUCAUGUACAAGCUCGUCGACGAGACGUGGGGCCACGAAGGCUACAUGAGGUGGCUGAUGCACCUACGCCUCGAGUAUACGCGGCGGCGUGACGCCAUUCUCGCUGCGUGCGAGAAGUACCUGCCGCGGGACAUAGUGAGCUGGGUUCCUCCCGCCGCGGGCAUGUUUCUUUGGUUGAAAGUAGAUCACACGCAACACCCCUCGACCAAGUCUAUCCUCGAGCUAGAGAGCGAUAUAUUUGACCGCGGCAUCGAAAAGGGCGUCCUUGCCAUCCGUGGCUCUUGGUUCUGCGCUGAGCAGGAAAAACCUCCUAGCGGCCUCUUCUUCCGCACCACCUACGCCGCCGCCUCCGAAGAUGACAUGGCUCAUGCCAUCGAGCGCUUCGGUGCCGCUGUCCGCGAGAGCUUUGGGCGGCCAUAGUCUGGUUUUUUUUUCCUUUUUUUUUUUUGCAAGGGCUUAAGCGAGCUUGUCCUUGUUGAACUAAGGAGAAAAUUGCAUGGUUUUGUUUUGCCCUGGCAUACCUCGGCACCUACUUAGCAAAUAGGUAGGUACUUGUCUACCCAUUUAUUCUGGCAUUUUUAAAAAGGACUGCAUUGCAUCAAUUUUUUCAUGAAGGAUAUCAUCAACUUUGUUUAACUAGAUACCUACUUGGGGAAACAGCCCCCCCUCCCCCCCGUUGAGGUCCAGUCAGGCGUUUGUAUUUGGCAUCUAGGUACCUGGCUAUUUUUGGUGUUCACAUACGAUAUGGCAGGCAUACAACAUGUGCCUAAAUUGCCCAGGCAAAUGAAUGAAUAAGAGAGAUCAGAUCACAAUAGCAGUGGAAGAAUAGCAAAUACCAAACAAAAAAAAACAAAAAACAAAAAAUCGAACAAAGUCUACGAAAUAAGCUGGCUGUUAUGAAUGCUAGAAGAUCACUUCGUUGGCUAGUAGCAAACGUUCGCGUACU